UGUACAUGGAAAGUGUCAUGGCGACUUGCGUCAUGCAAUAUUAGAGACGGUAGUCUCAUUAAACAACUUGCAAUGACUUUUCUUGUUCAGGUUUGGGGUUGAUCUUUAAACAGGGCAUCCGAGGGAUCUUUAAAUCUAGGAUGGCAGAUUCAGGUUCAAGUGACCCUGCUGGUCAACGUGUGCCGACCCCUGGAGGAAGUAAUGCGGGACUGCUGAUGGGUCGGCGACCAGGUGGAGCCAUGACUCCUGGCCGCCUCCCCGCUAUGAGGUCCAGAGACCUCACCCUGGGAGGGGUAAAGAAGAAAACGUUCACACCCAACAUCAUCGGCCGAAAAGUCAAAGAAGACCCAAAGGUUGAAACCAGUCAGAGGAGAGAGAGGAAAGAUGAGGGUCGAGGUCGAGGCCCCAGAGAAAGAGGCAGGGGCCGAGGUCGCGGAGAGAUGAUCCAGUCCCACUCUAUUUUUGAACAGGGGCCUGCAGAGAUGAUGAUGAAGAAGAGAGGUGGAUAUGAUGACGAGAGAGAAGCCCCAAGCAUGGGACCCUCACCCAUCAUAAAUAUCAAAAAGGAGAAGAGAGAGACUGAGGAGGAGACCAAAGAGAUUCUGCGAAGUCUGGAACGAGACAACUUUAUAGACGAUCCCUUCCUGAGGAGCGAGCAGAGCAGCUGCCCCGUCCAGCUCCCCCUCGCUGUGUCAGGCUGGGGAUUCAAGGAGGAGUUUAGUACGCCCGCUGUUAAAAUAGAGAAGAUGGACGAGGAUGGUGAACCCAUGGAAGCUGCUGUUGAAGUGAAGAAGGAGCCAAUGGAGGUUGAUAUAAAGAAGUCAGAGGCCGCGUUCAGACCUCCACCUCUCCCUGAGCCUGAAGUCCUGCCUGACCUACUGCACAGGUGGAGUCUGAGCAAAGGGGAGGAGCUGUUCUUCAUGCAGCUGCCGGACUCGCUGCCCGGUCAGCCCCCCACCAAAGAGCACAGGCCUGUGAAAACAGAGGUGCAGUCUGAGGAUGGACAGUCUGUGCUUUUGAAAACAGAAACUCAGGAGGAGGAAGCAGAAGAGAGCUGCUGCAGUCUGAAAGACCUACGGGAGGGCCUCAUAGGAAAAAUGCUGGUGCGCAAGUCUGGCCGUGUACAGCUCAUCCUGGGACAAGUGACACUCGAUGUGUCUCUAGGAACAUCAUGCUCUUUCCUGCAGGAGUUGGUCUCUAUUGGCACAGAAGGAAGAACAGGUGAUUUGACUGUAUUGGGGAAUGUCAAACACAAAAUGGUUUGCUCCCCGGACUUUGAGGCUCUGCUGGAGAGCAGUGCUUGAUGCUUGUAGAGAUGAUAAGUGGAUGCACUUGUGGUGGGUUGUGAUAAUUACCAUUGCUGUGGACUUUCCCUCUGGAGCCAUACAUGAAAUGCAGAUCUGAAGCCAUUGUUUUGGGGAUUUUGUUUUCAGAGUGGCUGGAUUAAAAUACACUAUAAACAAACAGGAAUUUAUUUUUCUGUGUAACUGACCUAUUAAGGUUUGAAGGGUGGAUGAUGUGCCAGAUUUCUGUUCUUUUUUCUCUAUAUUUGAAAUUACUUGAAAAAGCUGUAGAUGAAUGUAUAUGUGUGAAUAAAAAUCUUUUGUUA